AUGAGCGUCGCUCAACGACUCACCCCUCCCACCUGCGCCCGCGCGCGCGUACGUACCCGUGCGUCCACGACCCCACCCGAGGUCAAACGCGCGAUCGACGCCGCGCGAUGGCGCGCCGGCCUCGAACCCGCGUCGAACGUUCCUUGGACCGCGUGUCAAGUAGUGAGAGGUGAGAUACCACCAGAGCUCACCGGGACUCUAUACAGAGCCGGACCCGGGCGAUGUCGUCUAGGAUCGACAAAGUACGCGCACUGGUUCGAUGGCGACGGGUACGUGAGCGCGAUCGAGCUCGAUGCGGGUGAUAACUCGGUGCGGUGUUCAGGACGGUACGUGGAGACGGCGCGGUGGCGGCGGCAGCGGGACGCGGACGGCGGCGACGGUGGAAACGACGAUACUGUUGGAUCGAGCGGGGUGGCGAUGCGGGGAGCGUGGACACAGGCGAGUUCGGUGAUGGCGAAUUUGGGACGGUUCCCGACGAAUCCGUCGAACACGUCCAUCAUAGCGCACGCGGGGGAGGUGUUGGCGUGUUGCGAAGGCGGCGCGCCUGUCGCAAUGGAUCCGGCGACGCUGGCGACCAAGGGGGAAAUUUCGUUCGGGUCUAGUCUACCGAUGGGUUUUAGCGCGCACAGUAAGCAAGAUCCGCGAGACGGCACGCUGUACACAUGGGGACUGAAGAAGCCGCCUUUCAUCGGAAUCUCCGUUGCCAAGGUUUCAGCGAACGGAGAGGUGCUGAAAGUGGUCGACAUGCCGUUUCCCACCGGCGUCCCGGAGUUCGCGCUGUUGCACGAUUGCGCGAUGAGUGAGAAUUACUUGACGUUUUUCAUGUGCCCGUGGGUACUUCCAAAGGAAAACAUCGCGGGCGCACUAAGUGGGUUGAGCUCGUUUGGGCACUCGUUUCGAUGGAGCGAUGAGCGUGAGACGUGGAUGGUCGUCGUCAGGAAAUCAGAUCUAAGCGUCGUGCACGCGAAGAACGUACCAGCGUUCUCGAGCUAUCAUACAUGCGACAGCUACGAGGAGAACGGCAAGCUCAAGGUGCUCUACUGCAAACUCAGAGGCUCGCGUGCGGAGCUCGAGAAGAAUUUCGGCGACAUGUACGCAUCCGAGUGGACGGCGGCUCAGUAUAACGAUCUGCACGAGAUGACGAUCGACAUCGCUACCGGCGACGUUACGGACGCCAUCGCGAUGCCGACCAACGCUGAUGGCGAGCGAGACAUGACGAAGAUGAUCGGGAUGGAAUUUCCACUCGUGUCUCCGCUCACGCAGAGUCGCCACAAACCAAAGUACGUGUACACGCUCGCAAACACUUGCGGUGAGCACGGGUACUUCGACUCCAUUCAAAAGCUCAACCUCGAGACGAAGACAGCGGAGACACGCCUGAGCCCGUCGGGCUGCUUCCCGCACGAGUGUGCCUUUGUGCCGCAAUCUGACGGCGUCGACGAAGACGACGGGUACCUCGUGCACGUCGAGUACGACGCCUCGCGCGCCGCCGCCAACGUCCUCAUCCUUGACGCCAAGCGCGUGCAAGACGAACCGGUGGCCGAAAUCCAACUCCCCAUGCACAUUCCUUACUCAUUCCACGGCGCCUUUGUGCCCAAGAUGUAA